AUGGCGGUGAGCGAUAAUUUCCUCCGAGAGAUGGCACUGAUCGCGGGAUGCGAGAGCCAGAAGCACACGAAUCCUACUACGACCGUCUUCAGCCGGAGUGUCCCUCGUCCUAGCCCCUCCCGCACCUUCAGGAGCUCCCCAGCGCCCUCGUUCACCCCCGCCCACGCCCCCUGCACGCCCACGCCAGCCACCAUGAGCUCCUCCUCCAAAGCCUCGUCCCCCGCGACCGUCUCCUCGGCCCUCGCCCUCGCCCUCGUCUGCCUCGCCGGCUUCGCCUCCGCCCGGAUGCCCUACGUGUUCUCCUCGGGCUCUGAGUCCAUCACGGGCCAGGUGGCGCAGACCUUCUCCUGCGAGGGGCUGCCCUACGGAUACUACGCCGACGUCGACAACGCCUGCAGGAUCUUCCACAUCUGCCUUCCCAUCCCCGACGACCUCGGGCAGGUGAGUCCCCAAGGGCGCGCGGCUCCCGCCUGCGGCUCCGGAGGUGCGGCUCCCGGAGGUGCGGCUCCCGGAGGUGCGGCUCCCGGAGGUGCGGCUCCCGGAGGCGAUACUUCUGGGAGCCUUAGUCUUUCGUGCUAG